AUGCAUCCCGAAAAUGCUCCCACAGUGCCCAAUCAACUCACGAAGGCUAAGAUCAUCUCAAAGCUUCAUCAACACGAGCAAAUUCUUCGUGAACAGAAAAGGAGCCGUCGAGGAAAAAUGGAAUGGACCCCUUUACCGCAGUCCAUUCACGCUGCCAACACAAUCAAUCCUAUUAGGAGAAUCGCUGACGCAGUAUCGGUAGCACCGAAUCCUGAUAAGGCACCAAUAAAAAUGCAUCUAGGCGAUCCUAGCCUAACUGGACGACUUCCGCCUUGUCCAGUGGCCAUUGAAGCUGUUCAAGAGUCCCUGAACUCUCAAAAGCACAAUGGAUAUGGUCCUGCCGUAGGAGAACUGGCUGCACGUGAGGCAGUUGCUCGACGGUACACCACCAAUGGGGCUCCUAUAACGGCUGACGACGUGAUUCUUGCUAGCGGAUGCUCUCAUGCUAUACAAAUGGCUAUCGAGGGCCUGGCAAAUCCUGGAGACAACAUUCUGAUACCCCAUCCCGGAUUUCCGCUAUAUUCCACGCUCUGCAAGCCACAUGGAAUCGAGGACCGCGCCUACAGACUAGACAUGAAGAACGGAGGGUUGAUUGAUUUGGAACAUCUCGAGUCGUUGAUUGAUGAACGUACGCGUGCUCUGAUUGUCAACAAUCCAGGCAACCCAACCGGUGUCGUCUUCCCCAAAGAGCACUUGGAGGACAUCUUGGCGUUGGCGUAUCGCUACCACCUCGUGAUCAUCGCUGAUGAAAUCUAUGGAGAUCUCACCUACGACGGUGCAACGUUUCACCCACUUGCGACGCUCUCCCCUAAGGUACCAAUCAUAACAUGCGACGGCAUCGCGAAACGUUGGAUGGUACCCGGAUGGCGACUGGGAUGGCUCAUUGUUCACGACCGCCAUCGUGUACUGAGUGAAGUUCGAAAAGGACUGGUCGCCUUGUCACAAAAGAUCGUUGGCCCGUGCGCUCUGAUCCAAGGAGCUUUACCAAAGAUCUUGGCCGAAACGCCAGAGACGUACUUCGAGUACAAUCGUCAAGUGAUCUCUAAGAACGCUAAUAUUGCCGGCAAACUGCUGAAAGGUCUGGAAGGAGUGCAUUGCCUUCAACCUCAAGGAGCCAUGUACAUGAUGAUCAGUAUCGACAGAUCUUUGUACGGAGACGAUCUGAAAUUCGCAUCGGAUUUAAUCCAGGAGGAAUCCGUGUACUGCCUGCCUGGAUCAGCGUUUUCAGCGCCUGGCUGGAUUCGACUGGUUAUCAUCCACUCGGAAGAAGUGACCGAAGAUGCUAUGCGCCGAAUUCGAGAGUUCUGCGAGCGACGGCUCGCGCAGGAGUUUCCAGAAAGCGAAGAAUUAUCGUCUGAUAUUUGA